AUGGAAGAAAAUCCUGCUGAUGCACGUAUAUUAUUAGCUCGAGCUACAGAAUUAGUACCUCUAUCUGUCGACCUAUGGCUAGCUUUAGCUAGAUUAGAAAAUUAUGAGAAUGCAAAAAAAGUUCUUAAUCGUGCACGUACUCAUGUUCCUACUUCGCAUGAGGUUUGGAUAGCCGCAGCUCGACUUGAAGAACAACAAGGAAAUGAGAAAAUGACUGAUAAAAUUAUAAGUCGCGCUGUCACUGUAUUAUCAGAAAAAGGUAGCGUUUUGGGUCGUGAACAGUGGUUGCAAGAAGCUGAAAAAUGUGAAAAGGAAGGAAGUGUUGGUACUUGUCAAGCCAUAGUCAGAAACACUAUUGGAAUGGGCGUUGAAGAACAAGACAAAAAGACUAUAUGGAUGGAGGAUGCAGAAAGCUGUAUUUCGCACGGGUCAAUAGAAACUGCCAGAGUAAUUUACGCUCAGGCUUUGAAAGCCUUCCCUGGUAAAAAAUCUAUAUGGAGAAGAGCUGCAUUUUUGGAAAAGUCACAUGGUACAAGAGAAUCUUUGGAAGAGUUAUUACAACGUGCUGUCAGAUUUUGUCCUCAAGCCGAAGUCUUGUGGCUUAUGGGUGCAAAAGAAAAAUGGUUGGCGGGUGAUGUAGAUGGUGCUCGAUUUAUUUUAACUGAAGCUUUUAAAGCCAAUCCGAAUAGUGAACAGAUUUGGUUAGCUGCUGUAAAGCUCGAAGCAGAAAAUGGUGAAUAUGAGCGUGCACGUAUGUUACUACGAAGGGCAAGAGAACAAGCAGGAACAGAAAAAGUGUGGAUGAAAUCGAUUGUUUUGGAACGUCAACUUGGUAACAUCGAUGAAGCAUUGACAAUGUUGGAUGAAGCAUUGGUCCAAUACCCAACAUUCGAUAAAUUAUGGAUGAUUAAAGGACAAAUAGAAGAUGAAAAAGGUGAAUUACCAACAGCAAGAGUUACUUAUACUAAAGCUGUUAAAAAUUGUCCGAAAUCGGUUCCUCUGUGGAUUCUUUCAUCGCGCUUAGAAGAAAAGGCAGGGCUACUGAUUAAAGCCAGAGCCACUCUUGAAAGGGGUCGUUUAUUAAAUCCAAAGACACCUGAAUUAUGGUGUGAGGCAGUUCGAGUGGAAUUACGAGGUAACAAUAUUAGUAUGGCUAAAGCUUUAUUAGCAAAAGCAUUACAGGAAUGUCCUAGUUCUGGCCUAUUAUGGUCAGAGGCUAUUUUCAUGGAACCUCGUCCACAACGUAAGACUAAAUCAGUGGAUGCACUCAAAAAAUGUGACAAUGACGCUAUUGUCAUUGCGACAGUAGCACGUUUAUUUUGGGCAGAACGCAAAGUGGAUAAAGCACGCACGUGGUUCGAAAAGGCUGUAAAAGUUGAUCCAGACCGCGGAGACUCUUGGGCCUGGUACUAUAAAUUUGAAUGCCAACAUGGAGCGGAGCAACAACAGCAAGACGUAAUUACUCGUUGCGUGGCAGCUGAGCCACAUCACGGUGAACAAUGGCAAAUUGUUGCAAAAGAUAUGAAAAACGUUGGCAAGAACGUCGAGGAAAUUCUCAAAUUGGUCGCACAAAUCAAGAUCUAG